CUACUACCUGCAAACGGACACCAUGAGAUGGCCCCACGUUCUGAACGCGUAUCACUCCUUGAGUCUGCCCGAAUCUUAUUGUAACCUUGGCAUCAAUCCUCGACGGGUCUGUCUUGCUCAGUCCGGCGAUCACUACUCGAAUCCAACCAUAAAGGCUUCUUCCGCUGGACUUGAUACUCUAGUCGGCCUGUCUCCUGAGUCAUAUGCCUGAUCUCUCUUUCUCUCUGUUGCACGGCUCAGGUCGAAAGUAAAACUGUGAGUGGAAUUUCCUCAGACAGCCGCACCAGCUCAUCGUCACAGUUCUUUCCAAUUGUCCAGAUAUUCAAGCAGCAUCGCGCUAGAGGUGAAGAUGGCAGAUAGAGGUCUCUCCUUCUCGUCAGCCGUCGUGCUGAUUUUGACAGUUUCUUUCACGAGCUGUGCAAAUCAAGCUCGCAUGGUUGGGGCUGACAGUAGCUCGAGCAAGCCGAGUCUUGUUUUCUAUGCUUUGGAGCAGUACUACAACGUGACCGGAUCCGAGUACACAAACGUUUUGUCUGCGCGUGAGGGAAGCGACCUUUUGGCGAUGAAUUUUGGCGAUCUGGCUUUGACAGAGCAGGUUCUCCGCACAGGCCCUAACAUGUCAGAUCCGGUCGUCGGAAAUUCGCCUGCUUUCUACUACAAGAACAAGAAGGCGCGCUCGUACACCGUCCACAAGCUGAUCACACUGAGCACGGAGAAAUACAACGGAACCUUCGUGAUGUCCUGCGUUUUCCAGAGCUUGAAUGAUUUCACCAGCAGCAACGAAUUUGCAAUUGCAGGCGGCACUGGAUCGUUCCGAGAUGUUGGUGGUUAUGCUACUGUCACUCUCGUGUCCCGAGCUGCCGAUCACAAGUGGUACAAGUACGAAGUGUUUCUCACCGCCUGCAGGCGCUACCACCUGAGCUUUAAUUAAUAUCUUCUUCUUUCCCGAUGCUCACCGGGUCCAGACUGGUCAUUGAUUGUGCAGUUGUGGGCUCUCGCAGCUUGUGUAGUUGUAAGUGAUAAAAAAAAAAUCUAGAAUCUGAAGCAUGGCAACACCGGUAUCAAGCUAUGGCCUUGAAACCACGAUGUCUGACACGAAGUUCCUAUGGUUACUGGUUACUGAUUGAACCAAGUCGGGCUAGAAAUUUGUAUUCAAUAAUAUUCUCGAUCCUUCAUGUCAAGUGGAAAAGCCGGAUCUACUUUCUCCUUGUUGAUGAUCGUUUACUAGGCAGCUGAUACAAGCUCAAUCUUUCACUAGUAACCUCAAAUUUGAACAAAAUGUCUGUCGAAGUAAAUAAUGUCUGUACUAAAUAAAGAAUAACGUAGAAGUUCUCGUCCGUGAAAUCUUUCAACUUCGACAGUUUAAACAGUUCGGAUUCAUCCCCUCACUGUAAGAUCCCAAUGGAGAUAAUCUAUCGUGCUCUGGCCCCACCACAUCCUCAGACUCGCUUUUCUUAUUGUAGAACAAAGUCACAGUGCGGAGAGUGCCGGGCAGCAAGAAAUUUCGUGGGGAAGAAGAAGACAAAGAAGAAGAAGGUCUGUGAGAAGUGGUCAACAUCCUGCACUAAGAACAGGUUUCGCACUCCACAAUCACAAGCACGCAAAGAGAAUCACACGCACGCAAAUAUACUUUUCA